AUGGAACAAUCGAAAAGACAACGUGCUGAAUUACUCGUACGAGCUGAUCAACAGCAACGUACUUAUAAAGCCCAUGGAAAUGAUUAUCCAGGAAUAAAUACUGAUCAUUACAGGCGUUUACCCUCCCAGUUGCUGCAUCAAUCUGCUGAAGGCCCUCGAAGAUCAUACGCUGAAACAAUCACCAAACAAAAUGAGCAGGGUCCGCAGAAAAAUAUCGAAUUUACGAUAUCGUCUUUUAUGGAAAGAAUGGAACGACGCUUAGAGGCAUUUUCGACUCGACUGUCAUCACAAUUAUGUGAGAUUGAGAAGAAAAUUAAUACAUUUACAGAUCGUCAUUACAAAUUAGAAAAUGUCAUAAAUGAAAUCAUUCUCCCAGCUAUCCAAGAAUUAAGUAGUAUUGUAUCUCAAACAUCGAAAACCAAAGCCACACAAGUGGCACUUAAAAAUCUCAGCGAAAAAAUAAAUGGUAUUACAUCUAAUCAACAGUCUCAAUCUAUCGCCGAUGCAAAUCAAUCAACCGCAAACCAAUCCUCUCUCUUAGCUGCAAAUGGCCUAUACCAUUAA